AAUAAUAGAAUGUCCUUUUAUUUCAUUACAAAAGUUGCUAGAUAUAUCCAGAAUUGUAUGGGUCACGAAUACAUUUAGAAAAGAUUAUAAAUUCUCAUUUUUUAAAUAUUUUUACGUAAUAUUUUCUUAUACAUAAACUAUUCAAAAAUCGAUAAUGGAAUAGGGCACUGUUAAAAGCGCACGCGUGAACCGAUACAUGUCAGCUGUGUACUGAUGUGAAUACAACGUUGUAUCGGGAAUUAAAGUAUUCCUUGUCCUACCAAGUCUUCCAAUGAAGAAGUAUAAUUUUAAGCGGUUUUAAUGGCUUGUGAUAAUCAGACGAAAGUGUACCUGGGAUUUGAGGAUGAAUAUGUUACUGACAAAUACCAGUCGAGCAUCAAUUUUAUGACAAACAAGAUUGGCGGAUUUCCAAACUGUUAUGAGCAGAAUACAUUAUCAUUCCCACAAUGUAGACUAUGUGGAUUGCAUCAACUCUUGGUAUUACAACUGUAUGUUCCAUUAGAUAAUACAAAGUAUCAUCGGAUACUUUAUAUUUUUGCCUGUAUAAACCCAAACUGUUGGAAUCACAAUGAAAGUUGGACCUGUCUGAGGGUUCAAGUUCUAGAAGAUGAAUGCAAAGCAAAUGCAAUAGAUAGUAGUAGUAUAAAUGUGCCAUCUACAACAUCAUGGUUAUCAGAUGCAAAUGACUGGGGUGAUACUUUUAAUGACAACUCCUCAGAACAAAAUGGAAAUAAUUUAUUGCCAAACAAUGCAACAAAGUUUAAUUUUUCCUUUCAAAAAGAAAUAGAUGAGCAUGUACGAGAAGAACUUUCUGCAUUAUAUGUGGAUGAUCCUAAUGCAAAUAGUCCAGCAAGUAUAGAAUCCCCAGUUGGAAUAGGAGCUGUUGGCAGAUUGGAUUCCCCUCAAGCAUCUGCUGAAAUUGAUGGAGAGGAAAGUGAAGUUGUUUGCAUUGAUACUCCAACUCAGCCUCAAUGUGAUUUAAUUAGUUUGUUACGUGAAGUAACUCCAUUCCCUAUGCAACUAGAGUCAAACACUGAAACAAAGUUCUCAUUUGUUGAAAUAUUCCUGUUGGUUGAAGAAGAGGAUAGCAGUGGAGAUGUUCCACAACAUGUUCGUGAUUUACUUCUAGAGUACCAAUACAGAAGUCCAGAUUUGUCCCCAAAAUCUACAGUAGGUUCAAUGGGAGGCAAGACAAUAGAAACAGAUGCAGAAAAAUAUGAAAAGGGUAUUCCUAUGCAUGGUGAUGAAAUGUUCCAUAAUUUUGUUUCUCAAAUACAGAAGAAUCCUGGACAGCUCUUACGAUAUUCACGAGAUAAUUCUGCGCCGCUACUGUUAUAUCCUAUUAGUGGAUGUGUUGGAAAAUGCCGACAUUGUGGCGGUGAAAUGACCUUCGAAAUCCAAAUUUUACCCACAUUAAUUUCCAAAUUGAUACUUCAACCAAGAACUGAAAAAAGUUUCCAAAUCGAAUUUGGAACUGUUCUAAUAUACACUUGUCUGAGAAGUUGCUGGUCUGUAACGGAUUUAUACAGGGAAGAACACGUUAUUGUUCAAGCAGAAAAAUUAUAGUGAUAGAAUGAUGAAAUAAAUUUAAUAGAAUUUUAAACUUUCGACUUUAGGAAAAUACUAGUUUUUUUAGUAGCAAAAUACCGUCCACCUUUUUGCGUAUACUUUAAAAUUCGUAGUAAAGAAUGGUGCAUAAGAAUAAGAUUCCAAUC